GUUUUUAAAACUGUCAUACUGACAUUUAGCAACUGACAGUGGCUGAAAAUUUUCUCUUCAAUUUGACGUAAUAUCAAAAGAAUCCAGAAAUUAAGAAAUACUAUAACCUAAUGAUGAAGUAACUUAAUUUUUCAUCGUUGUAUAUAUAUAAAUUUGAUUAAAUCCAGCUUUUUUUUUUUGAAAAUGUCGCGCUUAUUGGGAUCUCAUUUCAUACGUAAAAAGUAUAAAUUAAGGGAUCAAGCAAUCAGACCAUUUUUAAUCAAUUGUACAAGAUUGAACUAUUCCACAUUAAAUUAUAAUUAUGGAAAAAAUCAAACUCAUGGCAGAAGCAGAAAUCGUCUGUUGGAGUUUUCAAACAGUACUACAUUUACUAGUCCUUUAAUUACACGUAAUUAUGCUAUGAUUGCAGCUAGAAUUAUAAGAGGCGCAUUGAAAUUGCGAUAUUUACUGUUAGGCGGAGCAAUCGGAGGCAGUUUAACAUUAAAUAAAAAAUAUGAAGAAUGGAAAGAUGGUUUACCCGACUUAAAAUGGGUAGAAGACAUCAUGCCGGAUAAUAAACAAUGGGUAGCAUUUUCUCGUGGUUUAGUGUCAAUCCGGGAUGGUGUAGCAGAAGCUUUAACUAUUGAUCCAGAAUUGAAAAAGCUGAGUGAGGAGAAGAUUUCAGAAUGGAGGGCUUGGUUCGAUAGCCGUUUAGAUAACGCUAUUGAGGCAGCAGAUAUCAGUGAUGGAGCUGAAAUCGAUAUUGCUAAAACAGAAGUUAAACCGCCUUACAUGAUAAAUGCCAUGGCUGCGGCAGCUCCACAGCAAGAUUCUAAAAAAAAAUUCGAAAGUAUGCAAAGUCAAAUAGAAUCCUUGCAAACGGAAAUUAUGACAGUUCAAAUAAAAUACCAAAAAGAACUAGAAAAAUUAGAAAAAGAAAACCGAGAACUUAGGCAACAAUAUCUAAUUUUGAGAACAAAUAGAAAAACAGGAACAAAAAAAAUUAAAAAAUCGUUAAUUGAUAUGUACUCUGAAGUACUGGACGAAUUAUCUGGUUAUGACACUAGUUAUUCAACGGCGGAUCAUCUCCCAAGAGUAGUUGUUGUUGGUGAUCAGAGCAGUGGUAAAACCUCUGUCUUGGAAUCGAUAGCAAGAUCUAGAAUAUUUCCAAGAGGGAGUGGAGAAAUGAUGACCAGAUCCCCAGUAAAAGUUACUCUUUCUGAAGGUCCUUACCAUAUCGCACAAUUCAGAGAUUCUGACAGAGAAUAUGAUUUGUCAAAAGAAAGUGAGUGUGCAGAACUAAGAAGAGAAAUCGAAUUAAGAAUGAGAGCCUCUGUACGAGGAGGCAAAACUGUUAGCAAUGAAGUAAUUUCUUUAAGUGUCAAAGGCCCGGGCUUACAAAGAAUGGUUUUAGUGGAUCUUCCGGGUAUUAUAUCUACAGUAACAGUUGAUAUGGCAGCUGAUACAAAGGACUCAAUUUUCCAAAUGACAAAACAUUAUAUGAGUAAUCCUAAUGCUAUAAUACUUUGCAUUCAAGACGGAUCUGUCGACGCUGAACGAAGCAAUGUAACAGAUUUGGUUGCUCAAUGUGAUCCCCUUGGAAAACGUACUAUAUUUGUGCUGACAAAAGUUGAUUUGGCCGAAGAAUUAGCCGACCCAGAUAGAAUACGAAAGAUAUUAGCUGGCAAAUUAUUUCCGAUGAAAGCUUUAGGAUAUUAUGCUGUAGUUACUGGCCGUGGAAGAAAAGAUGAUAGCAUCGAAGCUAUUAGAGCUUACGAAGAAAAUUUCUUUAAAAAUUCCAAACUUUUUCACAGAAAAGGUGUUAUAAUGCCACAUCAAGUUACUGCUAGAAAUUUAAGUUUAGCAGUUUCUGAUCGCUUUUGGAAAAUGGUUAAAGAAACAAUAGAACAACAAGCCGAUGCAUUCAAAGCUACUCGUUUUAAUUUAGAAACAGAAUGGAAAAAUAACUUUCCAAGAUUAAGGGAAUCGAGUCGUGAUGAACUAUUCGACAAAGCUAAAGGAGAAAUUUUAGAUGAAGUAAUAAAUUUAUCGCAAGUCUCUGCAAAAAAAUGGGAAGAAUUAUUAAAUUCUAAAUUAUGGGAUAAACUAUCCAGUUAUGUAUUUGAAAACAUAUAUCUACCUGCUGCUCAAUCAGAUUCUUUUAACACAAUGGUUGAUAUCAAACUAAGGCAGUGGGCUGAGCAAGCUUUGCCCGCAAAAUCAGUUGAAUCUGGUUGGGAAACCUUACAAAAAGAAUUCAUGUCAUUAAUCGAAAAAGCAAAACGUAAUCCUGAUCAUGACGACAUAUUCGACAAUUUGAAAACUGCAGUUGUUGACGAAGCAAUGAGGAAACAUGCUUGGGAAGACAAAGCUAUCGAUAUGUUAAGGGUAAUUCAAUUAAAUACAUUAGAAGAUCGCUGUGUUCAUGAUAAACAGGAAUGGGAUCAAGCUGUAAAGUUUUUCGAAAAUUCUGUUAAAGAAAAAAUGGCUUCAACGGAUGAAACACUAUAUGAAAUGUUGGGGCCAUCAGCUGUUACAAGAUGGACAAAUUGGAAAUAUUUAACUGAAGACCAAACAAAAAGACGUAAUGUCAAAAAUGAAUUAGACAAAAUUUUACACGUUGACAAUAAACACACGCCAUCCCUGAGUUAUGAUGAACUAACAACUGUUAAAAAAAAUUUACAACGUUUAGGUGUUGAAGUCGAUACAGAUUAUAUAAGACAAACUUGGUAUCCAAUAUAUAGAAAACAUUUUCUUAAAUUAGCAUUACAACGAGCUUACGAUUGCCGGAAAGCAUAUUAUUUAUAUACUCAGCAAGGAACUGAUUGUGAAAUUAAUUGCAAUGAUGUUGUUUUAUUUUGGAGGAUACAACAGGUUGUUAAAAUUACAGCAAAUGCUUUAAGGCAACAAAUACUUAAUAGAGAAGCACGAAGAUUAGACAAAGAAAUCAAAUCAGUUUUAGACGAAUUUGGUGAAGAUGAGGAAAAGAAGCAACAAUUAUUAACUGGAAAACGUGUCAUUUUAGCUGAAGAACUAAUUAAAGUAAGACAUAUUCAAGAAAAAUUAGAAGAGUUUAUAAAUGCACUUAAUCAAGAAAAAUAAGAGUUUUAAAACCAAAAAGUAUAUAAUAGGAUUUGAUAAUUGUAAUGGAAUUUUUUCCAGUACUCAUACUGAUUUGCAAAGCUUCUCAUUAUUAUUUGUUACUUUUUCGUUUCAUAUUAUUAUUAAUGAAGUCACUCUAACUAAUUGUUCAAAUAUUAUAAAAAAAAAUAAAAAGUUUUAUUAGUGUUUCAUUUUUCAA